UCCAUGACAUUAUGGAGUCAUGGAGCUAGACUGUCGUGCUUGAGAUUUAUCAUUAUUUGUAAAAUCGUAUAAGCGAAUACCCGGUUUUUUCUACAAUUUCCAGCCGACAUAUAUUUGAUUAGUGAAUUCUUUCGAAAUUUUAAAUAGUUUUUCGCAUUCAAAAUAACAAAAACAAAACUCGCGCAGUUUUCCAAAAAAUAAAUAUUUGGUAAAGCUAUCAUGUCUUCUCUACUAAACGCUGCUUCAAAUGUUAGGGAAAAUCGAGCCUCCAGGCUGCGUGCUCAACAAUUGGCUGAAAAGCCACAGACUCGGACCGUCACCUGGUCGAACGCUCCCUCACGUCCUGGAGGAUUUGGCAAGCCCGAUCCUUGCCCACCGCAGGGAUUACCGGCAUCGCUUCUACGCAACAGUAGCCGUAUUCCGACCCGUAGAGUUCCGGGCGUGAGAACUUCAAGGCCCACAUCGCCUAUGGGUUCCCUCCGGGGCUCAUCCCCAGAUCGGGUGAGUAUCUGCUCGCUGCCCAACCAUUUGGAGGAAAAAGCCAGUCCGAAGCGGAAGGCGCUUGUGGCAGGAGAUGCCGACUUGCAGAUUUCAAACCAAAAGGAUAAAACUAGUUCCCUAGAAGUACUCAACGACCAGACGGACUUUAAGCCCGUAAAUAAGCGAGUGCGGUUAGACUUACAGCCACAACAUCCGGCUGCAAAGGAUGUCAUUUUGCCUAAAAAUAAGGGCGCCAAACCCUCAAUCUUACGCAAACGUACUACCAUUGUGAAGACCGAUCGCGCCCAUCAUCGCGUUUUAGAUUUAAACAAACUCCGAGUUGUCGAUGUCCAGCAAAAGAAGCUGGAGAAUAUGCAGUCGGAAUUCAUGGCAAAAAUCCGGUCAUUGGGAAUUCUAGCCAAGGAGCAUAGAGGCACAUACAAGUUUGUGGCCAUGGUGGUCAACGAUAGUUGCAAGUUGGUGGUGCAUGAGGAUGACAUGCUGCGCCUGCCCAGAAACAUCCCCGUCGAGAGUGUUAAUGACUUAAAACACAGAUGUAGAAAUAUUGUGGAUACAGGCUUUAUGAUGUUUUACGAUUUCAUGCCCAUUAUACAGCACUCCAAGAGCGACAAGGAGGCACAGGAAAAUCGUGAAGUGCUACGCGCUCAACUUAAAUCCGCUGUGAACCGUAGAAUAAACAGCGUGAUCGAAGAGAUUGACGAGCUGUGCCGAACAAAGGGCAAGAGAGACGAAGCCCCCAACAGUACGUUGUACCGCGAAAUGAAUGAGUUGCGCGUUCAGAAGACGAACAUGGAGACUCGAUACUUCGAUCUGAAGAAGGAACUAAUAGAUCAAAUUAAUCAGCAAAAAGCCGAUUGUGACGCCAAGAUGGCGGUGGAGAUUUCAGUCCGUGAUCAUAAAGUCUCGGAAUUGAGAAAGUCCCUGCGACGCAGCGAGGAUCUGGUUGCAGAGUUGAAUAUACGUUUAUCGGAAAAGGAUGAUGACCUAAAGACCAGCAACCAAACUAUUUUAACAUUGCAGUCUGAAAACGACGAGCUUGUUAGGGUCAACAACCGCAUUCAAAAGAGUAUGGAGGACACUAACCUUGGAUUAGAACGUGCGAACAAGACGGUCGCGAAUCUCGAGGAGAAAAUCUCGUACUUGCGAGAUGAACUGAAAGAAGCCCGAGAGUUAAUUGUCAAUCUGCAAAAGCGUCCAGAUCCCUUGGACGACAAGAGUAUGGGCGAGAAAGAUGUGAUCAUCGCUGACCUUAAGUUGCAGCUCCAAAAUUUCGAGCAUCACCGGAACAUGAUGCAAAAACAAGUUAACGCUGCUGUGAAGCAAGUGGCAGAGUUUGAUGAGUUGAACGCCAAGUACCAGAGCUCCGCUACUCAAUUGAAUGAGCUCCGCGAGCAGCUGAGGAACUCUGAAGCUAAACGUAUCAUCCACGCUCGAAACGAGGAGCAACUGCGCAAGGAUUUAGAAAAGUUGCGCGAUCAAUCCAGUCGGGAUCAGAAAAUGCUCUCCCUACGCAGCGACAUGAUCAAUGACCUUCAAGACAACGAGAGGGAUUGUCAGCUCAAAAUCGAUAAAAUGUACAAAGAAAUAAAAUCCGUUGAAGAGGUCCGGGUCUCUGAAUCAGGAUCCAACCUGACCCUGAAAGAGAAGGAGUUCCGCAACCUUUUCGGAACCCUAACAUUUAAGCAGAAGGAGCUUAGACGACAGGAUCACGCCAUCAAGUUGAUGAAGGAGGAAAAUUCAAGGAUUAUAUCGCGGCAGACCAAACAGAAGGAACGAAAUACUGCCAUGCAGGCGGAGAUAAUUAAUCUCAAGAAAAUAAUAUUUAAGUAUGCGAAGUUAGUUAUUGGUACGAACGGUCAGAAAUCUUUUGAGGUUGUGCCAGACUUAGAGGACGCUUCUAUUAAUGCACCGAGGCUGCAGCCACAGCCGCACCCACACCCACCGCAGCGCCGGCAUCGGUCCAUGUCCCUGUCGCAUGGAAGAAGUUUCUUUGAUCCACUGCAGCGCUUUCACGAACAGCAACAGCAGCUUCUGCAACGACAACGUCGCUCCACAGACAGCCCCAGAAGAAUGCAUCAGCAUAACCAAGAAGACCGGCAGCAAAAUCCGCUAAAUAUUCCCGCUCCUCAGCAACAUUCAUCCCAGCAAAAUAAUCAACAAAAUCAUCAUCUUCACCGUCGACACCGACGUCACCACCGUAACUAAUACGGAAAUUAUUAAGAUAGCUUACCAAAAUUUGUUGUGAUAGUUUGCCAACUGGCAUUUGUUUGGUUUUCACCCAGUAAACGUUCUUUAAAGAAAUCAGA